AUGCAGCGGGUCAGAGCGGAGCACAGGAACAGAGAACUGCCUGGCCUAGGAAGAACUAUCCGCCUGCAGCAGCUCAGACGGUCCAGUCAGCCCCUCAACCUCAUCCUCAUCCCCAUCUUCAGGGAGCGAGGAGGAAGAAGAAGACGGUUUGACAGGGUCUUCACCAGGGAAGGGAGUCAACAGCCCCCCAGUUCGCUAACUCCCGACCCUCACAUGUUCAGCGUUCGUCAAAUCACGAGUUCCACUGUUCACAGAUGUUCUGUGGGGAAAACAGCGCCCGGUUGGGCCAGGGGAAGCAGAGUGGUGAAAAAGAAAAGAAACGGUGCAGUGGUGCACACCAACCCACUAGUCACAAGCACUUUUCAUGGAGCUUUCGAUCCCUUAGAGGUGAUGAGCCACACAGACUCUGUCCAAGCGCUAAGUGCCCACGCAUCCGCAGUACAGACCACGAACUCAUUCAUGACUCAGCCACACGAUGGCACCAGAACGCUGCAAAUAAACAACUGGCGAGAGUGCACACAGUCCCGCUGGGUAUUAAAGACAAUACAAUUCGGGUACAGACUGCAGUUUGCCACUUCCCCCCCGCACUUCAAAGGGAUAAUUUAUUCUCAUGUGCGGGAAGAAUUAAAACAUGUUCUUCAGGACGAAAUUUAUUCACUACUGAACAAAAGGGCGAUAAGAGUGGUACCACCCGAGAAAAGCCACAGUGGGUUUUACUCAAGGUACUUUCUAGUCCCAAAGAAAGGGACUCGUGCCCUUCGUCCCAUAUUAGAUCUACGUGCACUGAACAAAUACUUAAGGAAGUACAAGUUCAGAAUGCUCACUCAUUCUACACUCCUGAAACUGGUGCGUCUAGGCAAUUGGUUUACAUCGAUCGACCUGAAAGACGCAUAUUUUCACAUAAAGAUAUACCCACCCCACAGGAAAUUCCUGAGGUUUGCUUUCCUCGGAGUGACAUAUGAAUACCUGGUUCUCCCAUUUGGCAUGUCUCUGAGUCCAAGAGUAUUUAUAAAAUGUACAGAAAUUGCGAGGCCAAUCGUGUGCCAGUGCAUCCUGACCCCGCUCAGGGAAAAAGGCAUCCGUCUCGCUACUUACAUAGACGACUGGCUGGUGACAGCUCAGUCAGAACAGGAAGUGAGAUAUCACACAACCAUGCUUCUGGAACACAUACAGAAACUGGGCUUAAAACUAAACACCGAAAAGAGUGUUCUGAUUCCCGCACAGUCCAUAACGUAUCUGGGGCUGUCACUGGACUCGGUGACCUUCAGAGCGCGACUGUCACGGGACAGGGUGGUAAAAUUCACCCGAUGCCUGAACGAAUUUCAGAGGGGGAAAAAUGUCUCUUUCCGCACAUGCCUCAGAUUAUUGGGACUGAUGGCCUCAGCCCUAAUAGUUAUUCCCUUAGGCAGACUAUUCAUGAGAGAAUUUCAGCGCUGGGUAGCGUCUCUGAGACUGGACCCAUUAAGGCACUGCCGAAGGAGAGUGAGAGUGACGUCAGAGGCAGUCUUUGCACUGCGUCAGUGGAGACACCCAACCUUUCUGGUUCAAGGGGUACCCAUGGGCGUGGUUCAGGCCAGAAAAGUCAUAACGACGGACGCGUCGCUGUACGGAUGGGGGGGCAUGUACGAGGGCAGGAUAGUGAAUGGAAGAUGGGGUCAUCAUCUGAUCAAUCUUCACAUAAACUAUCUGGAAAUGCUGGCCGUGUUUCUGACAAUGAAGCAUUUUCUCCCUUUUCUGAAAGGGCAUCAUGUUCUCGUGAGAACGGACAACACUACAGUUGUGGCGUAUAUAAAUCGACAGGGAGGCCUCAGAUCACUUCCCUUACACAUGCUGGCACGCAAACUGAUUUUGUGGAGCAAUGCCAAUCUUUCAUCCCUGAGAGCGACACACGUACAGGGUGUCAUGAACCGGGGUGCGGAUCUGCUGUCCAGAGGCAAUUCACUUUACGGGGAGUGGAAAUUGAACAAGGAAGUGGUCGAACAAAUCUGGGAAAUAUACGGCAAAGCGACAGUGGAUCUGUUCGCGUCGCACGACAAUGCUCAGUGUCCUCUGUUUUUCUACCUGAAAGAUCAGAGCGCGCCUCUGGGGAUAGAUGCACUGGCACACGAUUGGCCUCGCACUCUCCUCUAUGCGUUCCCACCGAUAGCAUUAAUAUCCCCAACACUCUACAGAGUGAGGGAGGAGGGACUAAAGCUCAUAUUAAUAGCUCCGAGGUGGCCGGGGAAAUACUGGCUGGCGGAGAUCAUACAUAUGCUGUACGAAGACCCCUGGUCUCUCCCGUUACGCAGAGAUCUACUGUCACAAGCAGGGGGGGAGAUCUUUCAUCCCCACCCAGAACGAUUGGCACUAUGGGCCUGGCCAGUGAGUGGUUGA